AUCCCAUCGGCCCUGGCGCCCGGGCGGAAGAAGGUUCAGAGGUGAUUCUGUGGCUCGCCUCGUCUCGGCUCUCCUAUCCCCACUGACGUUGGGCAACAAAGAUGGCGGCAGGAACCAGCAAUUACUGGGAAGAUCUGAGGAAACAGGCUCGACAGCUGGAAAAUGAACUCGAUCUGAAACUGGUUUCCUUCAGUAAACUAUGUACGAGUUACAGUCACAGCAGUGCCCGAGAUGGAAGACGCGACAGCUCUGACACAACACCUCUUUUAAAUGGAUCAAGCCAAGACAGAAUGUUUGAAACAAUGGCAAUUGAAAUUGAGCAGCUUUUGGCAAGGCUCACAGGAGUAAAUGAUAAAAUGGCAGAAUAUACCAACAGUGCGGGUGUCCCCUCCUUGAAUGCAGCACUGAUGCAUACAUUACAGCGACAUAGAGACAUAUUGCAGGAUUAUACACAUGAAUUCCAUAAAACCAAAGCAAACUUCAUGGCAAUACGGGAAAGGGAGAAUCUCUUGGGAUCAGUACGAAAAGACAUUGAGUCAUAUAAAAGUGGGUCUGGAGUAAACAACAGAAGAACUGAACUAUUUUUGAAAGAACAUGACCAUCUUCGAAACUCAGAUCGUUUGAUAGAAGAGACAAUAAGCAUUGCUAUGGCAACAAAAGAAAAUAUGACCUCACAGAGAGGAAUGUUGAAGUCGAUUCAGAGCAAAAUGAACACUUUGGCCAAUCGUUUUCCUGCUGUGAACAGUCUGAUCCAGCGAAUCAACCUUAGGAAGCGGCGAGACUCACUCAUCCUGGGUGGUGUUAUUGGUGUCUGUACCAUCCUAUUACUGCUGUAUGCUUUCCAUUGAUGGCACAUCUCCAGGGACUCGUGACAACCGCCAUUUUUGUGCCCUGAUCUGGAAUAAGGAAGAGUAGGAAAGAGAAGUUGACAGUCCUGAUAGCCUGACCAGCAGGAUUAAUUCAAGACUGAUGGCGAUGGACUCUGUGACCUGGUCAGGUUGAGCUGAAGCUACAGUUUUUCUGUGCUAUCUUUUCUAACACUCAUUUCCUUCUGUUUUAGUUAAAAAAAAAAUUUUUUUUUUUCAGUUGCUUUUGUCUCCCCAGGAGGUAAGUAAACCAAUCGGAAACUGAGUUUCUGUGCUUCAGUGAUAGUGUUGAAGGCUGCUGAUAAGCCAGGUUUUAAGCUGGACUCUUCAGAAAACCAGGUUUCUGUAUAUCCAAAGACUGCUUUCUCUUCAGCCACCAGAUUGGGUUGUGAAUAAAAAUAGUUCUUGUCCUUUUAUUUUACACUCAUGAUGAGAAAUCACAAGUCAUUUCUUGAUAAUCUGUGCUGUAAAUUUCUGCUCUGUCCCCCCAACUCUUUUGGUAUUCAAGGAAAAUUUCGUUUUUCACAAAUUCUUUGAGAUGCUGACAGGCCAACUUCAACAUCGUUGAGGUUGUCUGAAACAGAAGACAAACACCACAAAAGAGCUUUUUUCAUUUUCUUUUUUUUUUUCUAAUCCUGCACACACUGGGGUUAACUGUAUUUCUGGAAAAACGUCAAGAAUGACAAGCUUUUUUAAAAGGAUUCAGUCGUCGUUUUUGUUUUUUGUUCCUUUUUUCCACUGGAUUAAUAUCUGCUGCCACAAGAAAAUGAAAUCUCAGUUCUAUCAUGACGAAAGAAACUCAUAGCCCAUGUCUGGCAGUGCCCCCUGCUGUUCCUCUCAUGUCGGGAUUGACACUGGUACCUGAGUGAGGGGACUGCUAAGUUUUCAGUGGGAUCUGUUCAACAGGCCACAUGCAAAAAGACAUUGAUUGGAGGGAUCAGUAUCCAGAUAAUUCUGUUUGUAAAUGCUCUGCAGUUUGUGAACAAAAGCUUAAGAACUACUGCCUGAUGCACCAGGAAUUCUGUGCUCUGUGAAACCUGUUCAUUCCAAAUCUGUUAAGCUUUUCCAAACAUCCAGAGAAUAGUUUGGGUGUUGAAGGUGCGUGUGACAGAAUCUGUCGCUGUCUGCACCCGUCUUCUAUUACCAUCCCUGGACAGUGACAAAAUUUUAAACCACCCACCAGAAUUCUGUUCAAGUUUAACCAUUUCUCAGUUUCUGUAUGUUUAUUACUUGUUUAACUGAACCACCACAAAUAGUUUGAAGACUUCCGCCAUAUACACACCAAGAAAGAAGGCUGCUUUUUACCAUUGGAAUUUACUGUGGUAUUUAUAGUGUUGGCUUCAGACUGUGCCACAGAGAAUAAUUGAUAUUAGCAUGUAGUUCUGAACUACGUCAUAGUGUGCUAACGGCGUCAUUCAGAUGAACCUGAUAUACUGGCUGAAGGGUAACUAAGCCAUGGUCUAGAAUAGAGACUGAGAAGUUUUUCAUUCUGGUGUCAAAGUUUUAUUAUGUUCUGGGUGUGAAGGGCAUUUGAUAUAUUUUUUUAUCUUUGGGGUUUAUUUUUCUAAAUAUGGGUUGAUUAAUCAGUUAGUUGAUUGGGAAUGCCCUUUAAAGAUAAAGUUUGGAAGUUUUCCCAAAGUGAACUUUAAAGGAUCAGGGAGGUAAGUUCGUUUAUUAAAGUCUCUGUUGGGAGAACAAAACUUCUCUCCCUGACACUUUAUUAUCUUUGAUUUUUCAAAGGGUCUUGAUUGGUGGUUGUGCCUCAGCUAGAAUUUAUGGGACUUUGGUUGCUAUAUAGUUGGCAUUUAUGAAUCCGAAGUAUCAUAAAUAAAGUUAUUUAUUUAAUUAUACUACCAGUCUUUUUUACUGGUCUGAUUAUUUGGUGCACUCGUUAAAGCUGAUUGUGUGAGAGUAAAACUAGGACCCAGGCUGAUCCAGCUUGCGGCAGCUAAGCAGACACACACUUGCUGGCUGACGAGCCUUUCCGUAGGGUUAUGCUUAAAUGAAGUAAGAGAAUUAUGUUGGUUAUUUUCCUUAUGAAAAUAAACUAGUUCUUCCAAGGAAGUUGAAAAAGCUUCGUGUAGAUGUUGGUGUCAGCUAGGUCUGACUAACCUCCCAGAGCUGUAGCCCAUAGUCAGGUGACCCAGGGCCAAAUGCGAUAGCUAGGCCAGUGCUCAUCCUUUCCUCUUCUGGUUCCUUUAUUUAAGGAAAUAGAAGCAUGCCGUUUAUAAGUAAGAGGCUCAAUGUGGAUCCCAUGAUAGCUGAUUUGAACCCUUUCAAUUUCAUGCCAUCUAACUUUUUUUUUUUUUUUUUUUUGCCAUCUUGUUUUUCUCCCCUUUUUUGCUGUCCUUACAGACCAGUUGCUAGGGUCAGGGGCCAAGAGUAAGUUACUUGUUAAAGUCAGUCGGAGCCAGCGGGUAAGAAGGAGUUUUCUAUUCCUGGUCCCAAAUGUUGUCUCUUAGGGGAAGUUAUUCUCCCUCAGACAUUGUCUUAUAUAAUGGGUCUUUCCUUUUGUGAUCUCUUUAGUAACCACUCAGAACUUUGCAUUUCACUAAAAAGUUUGAAAAACCAUGGCAACAAAAAGAAAAUUUCAAAAAAUAUACUUCUAAGAUUUUGUUUUAAUGUGUGCUGAUAACUUUAGUAAAAAAUGUGUAAUAAAUCUAUUCCUCAAGUUCAGGCCCGGAUCUCCAAGUGCUUUAGCUGAUCUGUCCUGGCUGUCUCUCCCAUCGUUUCCUUAUUAUUAUUAGUGAUGCUGAAGGAUUCUCUGUAACCAGUGUUGCUCACCUUUUAUUUUUCUAGUGUUAGAAAAGAGCUUUCUUUCUCCCUGUUCCUCUCUCCUUUGUACCAAAAUUCACUUUUACAGAGAACGCCUUUUUCCCUGCUGCCCAGUACCCAGAUCAGCCAUGGGAGUAAAAUCCUGAGAAUAGAGACAGGUGAUGGGAGGAGACAUCGUGAGGGCACUUUUUGUACCUGGAACCAAAUAAUAUUUACUUCAGUUCUUUCCUAUUGGAUGCUGAAUACGUCUGAACAGAGAAAUGUGCUCACUGAGCCUUUUGAUCCAGUGACUUUUGGCCUCCGAGCACUAGAGGCACGUUGGACUCUCAUUCCCACUGUUAAUUCUCUAUUUCACUGUAAAUAAUCUCAACCUGACGAGAAGGACUUUAAAGAACUGGACUAGCCUUUUUGGUUUUCUCAUACCUCAUAUUUGAUCAGUAGCCAGAUCUGACUUCUUGGAAAUUGACUGAGUUUUCUAACUGGCGAUAUGCAGCUGUUGAGGGUAAAUGGCCGUGUCUAGUGUUACCCUGAAUUAUGUGGCAAAUGUAACUAAGGGACAAAUGGGUUCCACUCAGAAAAUUUCAUUCUCCUUUUGAGUUAGGGAUUCUUUAGCCUGGUCUCCAAAAAGAUGCAGAGCUUUUCAUCACGGUCUUUAUAAACUAACCUUAUCAUUCCUUUGUAAACCUGCAUACCUGAAGUUUUAUAGGGGAAAAUAAAAUGAGGAAGGAACAAGUGACUCCUAAGGAUGUUUAUUGGAUAAGAAGCUGAGACAAAGCUGAGCCAUGUCUUGGGGGAUCUUUCUCGUUUUCUCUGUACCUAAAGUCUCACUUUAGUAUCGAAGUAUUUGCAUCUGUUCCCAUCCUAUUAGCUCUUAGGGAAGGGUUUCGAUUCCGCUCACACUUUACCACGAUGGAAGACGUUUCCUCUUGAAAAAUGCCAAUACAGACUUCUAAAAAUCUAUUCCAAAUGCACUUUCUAAUUUUUUGCUUUUAAAAUGGCUUCUUGGAACCAGUUUUAUUGUAUUUGUACUUAAUUUUUGUUCUCAUCUAAAUGUGCAUUUUCUGACUGUAUAGAAGAAGCUUUGUUAUGUAAUUUAAUAAUAAAUUAGAAAUUUAAA